AUGGCAGAAACACCAUCAGAGCCUCCGGGGCAGCUUGUUGUGCGCUCGGACACCCACAGUGACGCCGUCCUGGCCAGCUUUGAGGACCAGAGGAAGAAGGGCUUCCUCUGUGACAUCACUUUAAUCGUGGAGAACGUGCAUUUCCGGGCACACAAAGCCUUGCUGGCGGCCAGCAGCGAGUACUUCUCCAUGAUGUUUGCUGAAGAAGGGGAGAUCGGCCAGUCCAUUUACAUGCUGGAGGGCAUGGUGGCGGACACGUUUGGUAUCCUGCUGGAGUUUAUCUACACGGGGUACCUCCAGGCCAGCGAGGGAAGCACAGAACAAAUCCUGGCGACUGCGCAGUUCUUAAAAGUCCACGACCUGGUCAAGGCUUACACGGACUUUCAGAGUAGCCACAGCUCCCCAAAGCCAGCGUCGACGCUGAGCACGGCUGGGGGUGCUCCCGUGGUGGUGAUUUCCAAUAAGAAGAAUGACCCGCCACCGCCGCCCAAGCGGAAACGGGGAAGACCAAGGAAAGUCAACAAUCUGCAAGAGGGGAAAUCGGAACUGGCGGCAGAGGAAGACAUACAGCUGAGAGUGAACAACUCGGUUCAGAACAGACAGAACCCUGUGGCGAAAGAGGGAGACAGCGGUGCGCUGAGUGAACAGACCGCGGCGAAAGAGAUGGAAGGCUCUGAGCCUGCGUGUGAGCCGGGCAGAGGCGAGGGGACACCCGCCGAGAAAGACGAGAACUGUGACCCUCAGACCCGAGACGGGCAGGGCCACCAGACCCGGUACAGCAAGCGGAGGACUCAGAGGUCCAUCAAACUGAAAGAUUACAAGCUUGUUGGGGAUGAGGAAGACGGGGGCGCAGCCAAGAGGGUGUGUGGGAGGAGAAAGCGCCCCGUCGGCCCCGAGGCCCGCUGCAAAGACUGUGGCAAGGUCUUCAAGUACAAUCACUUUUUAGCCAUCCACCAGAGGAGCCACACGGGGGAGCGACCUUUCAAGUGUAAUGAGUGUGGAAAAGGCUUUACCCAGAAGCACUCGCUGCAGGUCCACAGCCGGAUUCACACGGGCGAGCGGCCGUACACCUGCACUGUGUGCGGCAAGGCGCUCACCACCAAGCACUCGCUGCUGGAGCACAUGAGCCUGCACUCAGGACAGAAGUCUUUUACCUGUGAUCAGUGUGGAAAAUAUUUCAGCCAGAAAAGACAACUGAAGAGCCAUUACCGAGUUCAUACAGGCCACUCAUUACCGGAAUGCAACCACUGCCAUCGCAAAUUCAUGGAUGUGUCUCAACUAAAGAAACACCUAAGAACACACACAGGUGAGAGGCCAUUUACGUGUGAAAUCUGUGGCAAAUCUUUCACAGCAAAGAGUUCUCUUCAGACCCACAUCCGAAUCCAUCGAGGCGAGAAGCCGUACUCCUGUGGCAUAUGUGGCAAAUCCUUCUCUGACUCCAGUGCCAAGAGGAGACACUGCAUUCUACACACGGGCAAAAAGCCUUUCUCCUGCCCAGAGUGUAACUUACAGUUUGCUCGUUUAGACAACCUGAAGGCUCACUUGAAAAUCCAUAGCAAAGAGAAGCAUGUAGCGGAUGCCAGCAGCAUUUCCAGCAAUAAUAAUACCGAAGAGGUCAGGAAUAUUCUUCAGCUGCAGCCGUAUCAACUCUCUACCUCCGGAGAGCAGGAAAUACAGCUUCUUGUAACCGAUUCUGUACAUAACAUCAACUUCAUGCCCGGUCCGAGCCAAGGAAUCAGCAUCGUCACUGCAGAGAGUUCCCAGAGCAUGACUGCAGACCAGGCUGCUAAUCUCACACUGCUCACUCAGCAGCCAGAACAGUUACAGAAUCUAAUACUUUCAGCUCAGCAGGAGCAAACAGAACACAUUCAGAACCUCAGUGUGAUUGGGAGCCAGAUGGAACCCUCGCAGAGCGAGCCGGUGCACGUGAUCACACUCUCCAAGGAGACCUUGGAGCAUCUGCACGCCCAUCAAGAGCAAACAGGGGAGCUCCACUUAGCAAGCGCUGCACAUCCGGCUCAGCACCUGCAGCUGGCACAGGAGUCUGCCCCGCUACCACCCAGCCCCCAUGCGCCACAGCCCACAUCACUGAGCCAGGAGCAGAGCUGA